AUGUCCGUACGACCUCCGGUGGCAGAGACCAUAUUUGACCUGAUCGUCUUCGUCGUCUCCCUGGUCAAUAUCUCCAACAACAGCAGGCAGCUGGAUCUCAUUGGCGCGCCUAACUACGUCGAACCGCUCUAUUUGAUCUACCGCCUGUUCGAUGGUACCACUACCACCUCCCCGUCUCCGGUCGCUCCCGGCUCCGAGCCUCCGGCCCCUCUACCCCGGAGCAUAUCGGCCCCAGAACCACAACAACCUCAACGAAAUGUAUCGUAUUUCUCCAGACCAACACUGGCUCCUCCGGUUCACAGCUAUUGCGGUUAUGAAUCCCCGUCCGAACUUGAAGAUGGUUAUAUAACGCCGGACCCAACCCACCACCGGCCCGGAGCCUCCUCCGGACCCUCAUCCCGCCGUCAAAAUGGUGGUGGCAACAACAGCCCUAUGAAGGUGAGCAUGGAUGACAUGCUUAAAAAAGGGCGUAACUUGUCGAAGCGCAAAGUGAGCCUUAGGGAUCGCAUCACUUGUUAUCAGUGGACAUGGUUCACCAUGACUAUGGCCACCGGGGGUGUUGCCAAUUACUCAAUACUAACGCUUCUAGUUGAGAUUGUCUCAGCCGGAACGAUCUUCAUCACCAUCUGCCAAUAUGGCAUCCCCAACACCGGCCCCUGGCUGCUGAAAGCCAUGGAAAAAAUCUUCUGGAUCUACGUCGGCCUGAGCUUCACCAUCAGCGCCUUCUUAUACCUUCUUCUCUGGUCCACCACCGUCUUCCCCAUCCACACCAUGACGCCGGUAUGGGUCUUCCCCGCGUACCCGCUUCUCCUGACGGCGCCCUACGGCGCCAACCUGAUCGCCGCCUCCAUCAAGUCCGGCCACACCAACAAGAUCAACCCCAUCUCCAUCGCCCUCGCCUCCGUCGCCGUCCAAGGCACCGGCUUCCUGAUCUCCUUCAUGAUCUGCGCCGCCUUUCUCUACCGCCUCAUGACCCAGAAGCUGCCCCGCGACUACCAACGACCCGGUGUUUUUAUUUCCAUCGGUCCCGGUGCCUUCACCACGGCCGGGCUAGUACAGCUCGCCAACUCCGCCCCCGAUUUCUUCCCCUCCGAUUUCCUGGGUACGCAGGGCGGCGUUGCUAUUCCCAUCCUGCGCAUCCUGGCUUACAUGGCGGGGAUCUGGCUCUGGGGUUUGAGUUGUUGGUUCUUCUUGGUGAGCGUCGGUUCGCUGUGGAAGUAUUUAAGGCCGGAGGGCAAAAGCAAGCUGCACUUCCAGAUGACCUGGUUCUCGUUUGUGUUUCCCAACACGGCGCUGGUGACGGCGACGGAGCAAUUAGGAAGAGCGUUUGAGAGCGAUGGGCUGAAGAUUCUGGGGUGCGUGUUGACGGGGUGUAUCAUACUGGUGUGGAUUGUGGUGUUUUGGCGCAUGUUGGAAUGUAUUUGGAGGAGGGAGUUGUGA